AUGCCUUCCGCAGAUUCAAAGCCGAGGACCUUGUACGACAAGGUCUUCGAUCACCACAUCGUCAAUGAGCAAGAGGACGGCACCUGCUUGCUGUACAUCGACCGCCACCUUGUCCACGAGGUGACAUCUCCUCAGGCCUUCGAGGGCCUAAAGAAUGCCAGCCGUAAGGUCCGCCGGCCGGACUGCACCCUGGUGACCGUCGACCACAACAUCCCUACCAGCUCUCGGAAAAACUUCAAGAACGCCGAGGAAUUCAUCAAGGAGAACGACUCCCGCCUGCAAUGUACCACCCUCGAAGAGAACGUGAAGGACUUUGGCCUGACCUACUUCGGCAUGGGCGACAAGCGCCAGGGUAUUGUUCACAUUAUCGGCCCCGAGCAGGGUUUCACUCUGCCUGGUACCACCGUUGUCUGCGGUGACAGUCACACAUCCACCCACGGUGCCUUCGGUUCGCUCGCUUUCGGUAUCGGAACUAGUGAAGUCGAGCACGUCCUCGCUACCCAGACCCUCCUCACCCGCCGAAGCAAGAACAUGCGAAUCCAGGUUGAUGGCGAGCUCCCCGCCGGUGUCACCAGCAAGGAUGUCGUUCUUCACAUUAUUGGUGUCAUUGGUACCGCCGGUGGUACUGGUGCCGUUAUUGAGUUCUGUGGUUCCGUCAUUCGUGGCCUUAGCAUGGAGGCUCGCAUGUCCAUGUGCAACAUGUCUAUCGAAGGUGGUGCACGUGCAGGCAUGAUCGCGCCCGACGAGAUCACUUUUGAGUACCUGAAGGGACGUCCCCUUGCCCCCAAGUACGGCAGCGCCGAGUGGAACAAGGCCACCAACUUCUGGUCUACCCUCAAGUCCGACCCAGAUGCUCACUUCGAUGAGAACGUCUUCUUGGAUGGCAAGGACAUCAUUCCCACAAUCUCCUGGGGUACCUCCCCCCCCAGGAUCCCCGAUGAUUUCAAGGAUGAGGCUCGCAAGCUUGCCUGCAAGCGUGCUCUGGAGUACAUGGGUCUCGUCUCUGGUACUCCCAUGAAAGAGAUCCCAGUUGACAAGGUCUUCAUUGGAUCAUGCACAAAUGCUCGUAUUGAGGACCUGCGGGCUGCCGCCAAGGUUGUCAAGGGCCGCAAGGUCGCCGAUAACAUCCUGCGUGCGAUGAUUGUUCCCGGCUCUGGCCUGGUUAAGGAGCAGGCCGAGGCUGAGGGCCUGGAUAAGAUCUUCACUGACUCUGGCUUCGAGUGGCGCGAGGCUGGUUGCUCUAUGUGCCUUGGUAUGAACCCGGAUAUCCUGUCUCCCAAGGAACGUUGCGCCAGUACCUCCAACCGUAACUUCGAGGGUCGCCAGGGUGCUCAGGGCCGUACCCAUCUGAUGUCCCCUGCCAUGGCUGCUACUGCGGCCAUAGUUGGCAAGCUCGCUGACGUUCGGGAGCACUUCGUCCCCAGCCCUACCCUUGCUAAGGUUGCUCCUCAGGUUGAUAUCCAGCCUGAGGCCGUGGCCGACUCCCCUGAGACUGAGGAUGAACUCGAUCGCGUCUUGGAUGUUCCUGCCGACAAUGAGCCUCACACCAACUCCUCCGCUGGUGGCGGCGGCAAGAGCGCCGGUCUUCCCAAGUUCAAUGUUCUGAAGGGCAUUGCUGCUCCUUUGGACCGUUCCAACGUCGAUACCGACGCCAUUAUUCCCAAGCAGUUCCUCAAGACUAUCAAGCGUACCGGUCUGGGCGUUGCUGCCUUCUAUGAGCUCCGUUACCACCCCGACGGCCAGGAGAACCCCGACUUCGUUCUCAACCAGGGUGUUUACCGUGACGCCAAGAUCCUUGUUGUCACUGGACCCAACUUCGGAUGUGGUAGCUCCCGAGAGCACGCCCCCUGGGCUCUUCUCGACUUCGGUAUCAAGUGUAUCAUUGCCCCAUCAUUCGCCGAUAUCUUCUUCAACAACACUUUCAAGAACGGCAUGCUUCCCGUCGUUGUUGACGAUGAAGUUGCUCUGAAGAAGAUCGCCGACGAGGCUCACGCUGGUCGUGAAGUCGAGGUCGAUCUCGACAACCAAGUGAUUAAGGAUGCACAGGGCAACAAGAUUGUUUCCUUCAACGUUGACACCUUCCGCAAGCACUGCCUUGUCAACGGUCUGGAUGACAUUGGUCUGACUCUCCAGAUGGAGUCUAAGAUCCGCACAUUCGAGGCCCAGCGUACCCUCGACACCCCCUGGCUUGACGGCAGUGGCUAUCUCCGCCGUGGUACUCGUGGUGCCACUAAGAUUGAGGCCGCCCCGGUCCCCAAGACCAACCGCGGUGACGUGAAGAACGAGCCUCUUGAGUGGUAA